AUGAUUGGUAGCAAUGAUGAUGAAGAUGAUGCUACUUUUGAAAUUGAUAUGAAAAAAGAUCAAACACCAUAUUAUUUAUCGUUAAAUAAUACACUAUUUCUUCGAACCAGCAAAGAUAUACUGAAAAAUGUCCAAACUAUUACGAUCAAUGAUAUACAACAAAUAGCAAUUUUAAUGCAUCAAAUUGGUGCUCUGAAGAUAAAGAUAGAUCAAACAAAUAUUUACUUAAAAGCAGUCACAGGUACAUUAACAGAACCAGAAAGUGAUUUAAUCGACGUUGAUCGGCGUGUAUGGCCAAUGCAAGUUCAAUCAAUGAUGUCAAGUAAAAGUGAAUCCAAUUCGGUGACAACUACGGAAUCAAAUCAUGAAAAAACUCAACGUGAUUGUGAAAAUUUACUUCAUCAACGUUUACAAGAAACAAGUCAACAAAUUCAAGAAGCUGAAUCAACUUAUUUUCGAUAUCAAUACCAAUUUGAUGCUGAAUUAGCUAAACUCUGGCGAAAUCAUCGAAAUCUUGUGAAAGAUCAAUGCAUGACUACAGGACUCAUUACUUUAUUGGAAAAACGUUUUAAUAAUAUUGUCAAUCGAUGGAGAGAUAUUUAUAAUUAUCGUACUGAUUACUAUCUAAAAAAUUCUUACGAUGAAUUGAAGUCUCUUAAACAUAAUGAAACGGAACAAAGUAUGAAAAUUACUACACCUUCAUGUUCAUUGAUGAUCGAUACAAUGAAUCCAUUCAAUGAGAGACAAUUACAAUUACUAAGUCGUGGGCCAACUUAUGUACCACCAUGUUUAAUGUAUAUCUUAUUUGCAGAUCAAUCUAUCAAUGAUAUUGCCAAGAAACAAUUUGCUCCAUUGAAACAUCAAUUGAUGAUUCUGUUUCAGAACUAUAAAAUUAAUUUACCUUUACGAAUGGAAAUUCAAGAUAAAUUAUUUAAUAAAUUUGAAAAUCUUUUUGCACAUCCAAUACCGGCACAACUUUUUCAACGUGCUGUCUACGAAAAACAUUUAAUUCAAUCGAUUCGAUAUACUUUACAGAAAAAUAAUCUUAUUUUACGACGAACAGCCGAUAAUAUGAAUACCUUCUAUAUUGGAAAUAGAUCAGAAUUUGAAGCCAAAGCUGAUCAAUAUUUAAUAAGAUCUGAAAAUUAUGAUGUUCUCAUUGAUAUCAAUAACCAAAACAAUGAAAAGCCUUUACAUACAGCUUUAAAAAAUAUGAUGGAAUCCAUGAAUAGUUUAUUAGAAAAACUGAAAGCACAUAAUGCAAUCAAAGAUGAAUUAUACAAACAAUUAGUGGCUGAUCCAACGAAAACCAAAUUACCUUAUUUAUAUUUUUUAGCAGAUAUUUCGAAUGAGAAAAUCUAUACAUUUGUAAAAGGGAGUUCAAAUACAAUGCCCUUAACAGAAACAUUGUCAAAUGUUUAUCUCUCUGUAUGGGAAAAGAAAAUAUUGAAAGAAAUGAAUACAACUAUAGAAUUCUUUGGAAGACAUAAGAAUCAACUAUUUUUUACAUGGAAUAAAUCAAGUCCAUUAGAACUUGAAACAUGUAUAGAAGAUCUUCGAGAAAAACAUAGGAAUGUACGUUUUCAAAAAUUAAUUGGUACCAGUGUCCACUAUCUCAAUAUUUAUCUUGAAAAUCGACAAGGUCACUUGUAUAGUCGAAUCCAUUAUGAUCCCAAUAGUCAACGUUAUACAUUACCGUAUGUUACGAGUCAUGCAAAAUCUGCUUAUAGUGAUUGGCUUCGAACAGCGUUAAUUCGUGCUGUAUGUGUUUGUACAUCAAUCGAUGAUUUUCAACAAGAAAGAAUGUAUCUUGAAUUAACUUUUUUAACCAGUGGUUAUUCCUUAUUAUUUGUUGAAACCAAUGUUAAAAAUUUUUUCAAUUAUUUCCACGCACUACGAACGAAAUAUUCAAGAAAUCAAACUGCAUAUGACCAAUUCCGACGACAAUGCUUUGAUUUUGUUGAACAGCGGCAUCAACGUUCACUAGAACUUCAAAAAUUCGAUGAUAAUGGCAGCUUAUUUUCGUUCAACUACAUGUAUGACUAUGGACCAAGAUGUCGGUUCAAUCGAGAAUUUCAUCAACUUUGGUCGGCCUAUUUCCAAUAUCAUCCCAUUCUCUCGAACCAAAAUUCCAAAGUCAUACUAUCAAACAAAAAUUUGUAUUCAUUAAAUAGUUUAUUAGCUACAGAAGCAUCAUCUCCAACAAUUCAUCAAUGAUAAUACUAUUGUCUAUGAAAAACUGAUACUUUUUCUUUUUUUGUAGAACUAAUCUUUCUUUUUGUCGUUGUCUUUUGUAGAUGAUUUUGUUUGUGUAAUCAUCGUUCUUGUGACAUAAUACUUUUCUUUAUGU